GUUACUUCGCUUCCGCCUUCAGUGUUCUCGCUGUGUCAUGUGGAUGUCAACGACCCAACCUGACAGGCGUUGGGCUUGAAGUCUCCUCCGCGACUUAACUUAUCCAGAAAUCUCUGUCGGGGGUCUAAGGGGCCAAAGACCGGUGUCCGGUGGGAGCCAAUGGCGGACGGGGAACGGUCACCGCUGCUGUCCGAGCAGCACGACGGGACCAACGGCUUCUCUCCCGGUGUCAGCUCGCAUGGAUAUCCGUCAAAACCGCACAGUUUGGCGCCGUUCUCCAGCUCGGUGGUAACAGGUGAUCCUCCACCCCCCUAUUCCCCACAGGGCAGCCCAGACAGCAGCAGCGCUCCGGUCAUCAGCUGCCGGGUCUGUCAGAGCACCAUAUCUGUGGAGGGAAAGACGCACCAGCAUGUGGUGAAGUGCAGCAUCUGCAACGAAGCUACGCCGAUAAAGAACGCUCCUGUUGGAAAAAAGUAUGUCCGCUGUCCAUGUAACUGUCUUCUGAUCUGCAAAGUCACGUCGCAGAAAAUCGCCUGUCCAAGACCGUACUGUAAACGGGUCAUCAACCUGGGACCAGUUCACAUCAGCAGUGACAGUCCUGAACCGCAGCAUCAGCCUGUCGGCAUCAGGAUCAUCUGUGGGCACUGCUCUAAUACAUUCCUGUGGACUGAGUUUUCAGACCGGACCUUGGCCCGAUGUCCACACUGCCGAAAAGUCUCUUCUAUUGGUCGAAGGUACCCCAGGAGGAGGAGCCUGCUGUGUUUCCUGCUGUUCGUGGUCCUCGCUGCCUCCACUGCAGGACUUAUGGUCGGGACGUGGACUCCCGCCCAGACCUCUAAAGGGAUCUACGUUUCGUGGGUGCUGCUGAUCCUGCUCGUUCUGUUCACCAUGGCAAGAGCCAUCCACUGGUGGUGUCUGAAAAUCAGCGACCCCAUAUCCAACAUCACGUAGAGAGAGAGAGAGAAGGAGAGAUUUCUAAAAUCAUGUCUUCUUCGGCAUCACAAACUGGGGAUGGUUGUUACACGUGUGCAAAGAAGUUUGGUAAGAUAAAGGGAGAACAAAAAAGGGUAGUUCGAGAUGAAGGCGGACAGAUAUAUAGGCGGGACUAAAGAGAGCAAUACAAAAAUGUAUUUCAAAUCAUUUGUUUUUGACCCAGUAGUUUAUUUUAAGGCCUGAUGGAGCUUUUUGUGGAGCAAUUAAAGUGGCCAGCAGCUGUUCAAAACAAAAAAAAAUGUUGGUUCCCCAAAAUCACAAAGAAUCAGAGGAAUAAAAAAUAAUUAAAGUAAUAAGAUUCGGGUAAACACAGUUUAUCA